AAGUUCUUGUAUGUAUCUAAUACAUCUCAUGCCAGUUGAGCCCUACCGAGGUAUGCCAUGGGGUCAAGAAUGGGCGAUAUCUCCAGAUCUAUAUCAAUCCCAUUGAGGCACUAGCAGAAAAGAAGACAAUGAGACAAUGGAUGUGAAAGAUGAAGAAAGCUAGUGGGUUAGCAACGCGCGUUCCCUGCGUAAACUUCAUUGUUACCUUGAAACUACCUCCUCCAUACAGCGGAAGCCGUUGCCACUCUUUUCCGUGCGCAGCAGCACCGCGCAAUAUCUAACAGAAGGCCCUGCUGUACAUAGGUAUCUACAAAGAAGAUGGGUCGGAUAUUUGGAAUUUCGGGGCUGAGACCGCCUGACACUUCAUUCUAGAAACCCAGCGGUAUGUAGACAGAGAAGGUCACACAUGAGUUCAUUUGCCCCAGUUUCCCUGGUGGCGAUUUUGCUCUGCCUGGUCGGCCCGGUUCCCAACGGGUUGCGUUUCGCCUCAGGAACGCGCGCAGUAAUGGGAUGGAACGGUAGGAGAAAAACAUCGCAGCGAAUACAUGGAGGUCAUAUGUAUGUAGAGGCAAGAAGCUGCUGGGGACGGCGCUUAGAGGCAGCGCCUUACUGGCUGAUGCAGAAGAUCCGCCGAGAGCCAGGGCCUCGCAUGGACCAGGGUAUGUGAAUGGCCGGGGACGGGCCGGGGUACGACGACCGACACCGAAUGAGAUGGUAGGAGCCUUACCGG